AUGGGUGUGCUGAUGGCUGGGGGCUUCAUGCAGUUGAGGAUAAGGGAAGAAGCUGUUACACAGUCUGGAGGAGGUCCGGAUAUUUUGGUGUCUCCUUCCAGAUGGCAGAGUGAUGAAGAGAUUGUGAGACGCGUCGAAUGUAAUGAGGAUGAGUGCGGGGCUUGCCUUCUUCACUCGCCACAAAAAGUGGAGAUGCUGCUGGGCUCUUUUGAUUACAGGAAUUUAGAAGAGGAAGGCCCUGAGGUGGACAUGCACUGUAACACUGCAAGGAGAGGAAAUUCUAACAGUAGAAGUGGGAGUAAAGUCAAGGAGGAGAAACCCAAGAAAGGUCAAGCCAGAAGAAGCAAAGCAAAGGAAAAGAAAAAGGUGCUGAGGGAGCAGUGCGAGGAAGAGUGCCGACAGGAUGAGGAAGCGCCCAAGUGUUCGAAGAACCACAGGAAUGAAAAAGCUAAGACAGAGGAGAGGGGAGACUUCAAGAGGAAGACAAAGGACAGCUGUGAUGAAGAAAGGAAUCACAUCAGUUCUGAGCGGGGUGGAACUGAAGAGAGGGCACAUGCAGAAAAGAACAUGAAGGCUAAAAAGACGAAGAGGAAAAAAGAAAAGCUAGAAAGAAGCUCAGAGUCAGAGGAGCUGUCCGCGGACGAGGAGGAGUCCCAGGAAGAGAAAGAUGUCCUCACACAGGAGGAGCUGGAGAAGCUGAAGGAGGCUGUGGAGGAAAAAAAGAAGUUAAUUGCCAACCUAAGAGGCAAACCGUGGCCCAUGAGCAAGAAACUCGUCACCCUGAGGGAAUCGCAGGAGUUUGUGGAGAAAUAUGAGGGGGCGCUUGGAAAAGGGAAAGGACGGAAACUCUAUGCUUACAAAGUUAUGAUGAUGAAGAAAUGGAUGAAGUUCCAACGAGACUUCGAAAACUUCAGAACUGCCUGCAUCCCCUGGGAAAUGAAAAUAAAGGAGAUUGAAAGCCAUUUUGGGUCCUCAGUUGCCUCCUAUUUCAUAUUCUUACGGUGGAUGUAUGGCAUGAACAUGAUUUUGUUUGGCCUGACAUUCGGCCUUGUCAUGGUGCCAGAGGCGCUGAUGGGGAGGCCGUAUGGCAGCAUGCCCAGGAAGACGGUGCCCAGGAGUGAGCAGGCCGGUGCCAUGGACUUCGCUGUCCUGUGGGACUUUGGCGGUUAUGCCCAAUACUCCGUGCUCUUCUAUGGAUACUACAACAACCAGCGCGCCAUCGGCUGGCUCAAGUUCCGCAUGCCUCUGUCGUAUUUCCUGGUAGGAGUGGGGACUGUGGCCUACAGCUACAUGGUGGUCAUAAGAACGAUGGCACGAAAUGCAAAUCGAGAUGGGGGAGGGGAUGACACCAGCUUCAAUUUCAGUUGGAAGAUGUUCACCAGCUGGGAUUACCUAAUUGGCAACCCAGAAACUGCUGACAACAAAUUUGCUUCCAUUACCACCAGCUUUAAGGAAUCUAUUGUAGAGGAGCAAGAAAGUCAUAAAGAUGAGAACAUCCAUCUGACCCGGUUCCUUAGGGUGCUGGCCAAUUUCCUGGUUCUGUGCUGUCUAGCAGGGAGUGGCUAUCUCAUCUACUUUGUUGUGAGGAGAUCCCAGAAGUUUGCUUUGGAAGGACUUGAGAAUUAUGGCUGGUGGGAGAGAAAUGAGGUGAACAUGGUGAUGUCGCUGUUGGGAAUGUUCUGCCCGAUGCUCUUUGAUGUGAUCAGCUCUCUGGAGAACUACCACCCACGCAUUGCUCUCCAGUGGCAGCUUGGCCGCAUCUUUGCCCUCUUUCUCGGAAACCUUUAUACCUUCAUCAUUGCACUCAUGGACGAGAUCAACCUCAAGAGAAGAGAAGAGGAGGUAGUCAAGUAUAAUAUGACCGUAUGGCAAGCCAGCCUGUACAAUGGGACUGUGGAUGAUAAUUCCACCACGUCCACUAUACCUGUGGAUCCAGCUGAUGUACCCAGGGGCCCCUGCUGGGAGACUAUGGUGGGCCAGCAGGAAUUUGUUCGUCUCAUUGUGUCUGACACUAUGACUACAUACAUCACCCUGCUGAUCGGAGACUUCCUACGAGCUGUAUUUGUCAGAUUCUUCAACUACUGCUGGUGCUGGGACCUGGAGUAUGGCUUUCCAUCCUACUCAGAAUUUGAUGUCAGCGGAAAUGUCCUGGGGCUGAUAUUCAAUCAGGGCAUGAUAUGGAUGGGUGCCUUUUAUGCUCCCUGCCUGCCAGCACUCAACGUACUGCGACUACAUGUCUCCAUGUACCUGCAGUGCUGGGCUGUCAUGUGCUGCAAUGUCCCCCAGGAGCGUGUCUUCAAGGCCUCCGGCUCCAAUAACUUCUACAUGGCCAUGCUGCUGGUCAUCCUCUUCCUGUCUACUCUGCCAGCCAUAUACACCAUCGUGUCCAUCCCCCCCUCCUUUGACUGUGGUCCCUUUAGUGGGAAGAAGCGCAUGUAUGACGUGAUUCAGGAGACCCUGGAGAAUGAUUUUCCUCUGUGGUUUGGGAAAGUAUUCAGCUAUGCCUCCAAUCCUGGGCUGGUCCUCCCGUUCAUACUUGUCAUGAUUCUAGCCAUCUACUACUUGCAGUCCACGUCCAAAACAUACAAGGCUGCCAAUAUGGACCUAAAGAAGAAACUUCAGACUCAAAAUGAAGAGAAUAAGAAGAAGAACAAGAGGGCAGCUUUGAAGGCGGAAGCUGAGCUGGAGGAAGCAAGAAAUGCAGUGAUGUCCAGACAGGAGAGAAACCUCUCCUCACAACAGCUCACCAGGGAAACUCCUGCCUUCUGUGAAGGUGUAUACAACCCCAGGGGUUAA